AUGCUCCACUUUGACAUCUGCGGACCCAUGGAAGAAAAAUCUCUGGGUGGCAGCAAGUAUCUGCUGCUGAUCGUGGAUGAAGCCAGCGGAUGCAUGAAGGGUUUUUGUCUGCAUUCCAAGUCAGAGAGCGAAGAGUGCAUCAAGAAGUACAUCACGAUGAUACAGACGCAGUUCAACAAGAAGGUCAAAUUUGUGCGACACGAUGGAGCCCGCGAGUUUGCGACGAACUCGCUUCAAGAUUUCUACGAAGUCGAAGGCAUCGAGCAACAAACCACGGUGCCAUACGCACAUCAAGCCAAUGGAACUGCUGAACGCGCGAUUCGAACUAUCGUCACCAUCGGUCGUAGCAUGCUCCAUCAUGCCAAGUUGGACAAGUGCUUCUGGGCUGAAGCGGCAAUGACGGCCGUCUAUGUGAAGAACCGUUUGCCGUCACCCAAGAUUCCACACAAGACACCGUUCGAGAUUGUCUACAAUUCUAAGCCAAGUGUCAAGCACAUGCGCAUUUUUGGGUGCCAAGCAUACAUCUUGACCCCGAAGGAGAAACGACUCAAGUGGGAUCCCAAGGCCCGGGCUGGAUUGUUUUUGGGCUACGAAGAAGUGUCCAAGGCGUAUCGAGUUUACGACAUCGAAGCGGGGCAGGUGAUGAUAAGUCGCGAUGUCAACUUCGAUGAGUCGGCCUUUGGAAUGUCGAUGCUGAUUUCCGAUGACGAUGUUGAUGGCCUGGACUUCGAAUCGAUCGAUCUUGAUGAUGAAGAACCGCGUCCGAGACACUUCAAACAAACAGGAAAGCGCAAGGCCCAACCCAGUCACGACAAUGACGACGCAAGCAUGCCCCGAGCAGUGCGCCAACGACCCGGAUUGGAAGAGUCAAGUGCGCCGGAUGACCUCUCUUCACGUCGAGCCAACGAAGAUGAGGAAAGGAAGUCGGAGGAACAACAUGACACACCGGCUUCCUCCACGUUCUGGCAUGCGAGUGCAAACGCCGUCGAAGCAGCGGUCGAUUUUUCGGAGCCGUCGACAUUUGAAGAAGCAGUGUCUGGCCCGGACCAAGUACACUGGCGCAAGGCAAUUUAUGCGGAGCUCGAUUCGAUGAAGCUUCGCGGUGUCUUUCGUGCGGCCAAGUUACCCAACGGACAAAGCGCCAUUGGCACAAAGUGGGUCUUCAAGAUCAAGCGCAAGGCGGAUGGGUCGAUCGAGAAAUACAAGGCACGACUUGUGGCCAAGGGUUUUCGCCAAAAGUAUGGCAUCGACUACACGGAGACGUUCUCGCCCGUGGUCAAGUAUGUGACGCUGCGAAUGGUCAUCGCCAUUACCAAGCACUUUGGAUGGCCCCUCGACCAGCUCGAUGUGGUGACUGCGUUCCUUUAUGGAGUGAUGAAGGAGAAGGUGUUCUGCGCUGUUCCGGAAGGCGUCAAGAUGGAAGGUGAUUUCGACUGUCUCGAGCUGAUCAAGGUGAUCUACGGUCUCAAGCAAGCCUCGCGUGUUUGGAACGAGACCUUCGACGAGUUCAUACGCUCGAUUGGUUUUCAAGCGUCGGGAUUCGAUCCAUGUCUCUACAUCAUGACUUCGGAAGGCCAUUGUGUUUUUGUGCUGGUCUACGUGGACGAUGUCUUGGUGACUGGAAGCUCGCUCGAGAUGAUUGUGCGCACCAAGAACGACCUCAAGACACGCUUCGAGAUGACGGACAGCGGCAAGUGUGCCUUUGUUCUUGGGAUCGAGUUAUUGGACGGUGAAGAUGGCAGCGUGACUAUGUGUCAGCGCCGUUAUGUCGACGAUGUCCUCAAGCGCUUUGGAAUGGAUGAGUGCAAGGCUGUGGCAAGUCCGGUGGACGUCAGCUCUCGACUGGUUCCAAGCAACUCUGCAAGCAAGGUGGAUGUCCCAUUCCGUGAAGCAGUGAGUGCUUUGAUGCAUCUGACGACUGUAACGCGACCGGACAUCGCCUAUGCUGUAAGCUUUGUGUCACGGUUCAUGGAGAAACCCCAAGAAGAACACUGGGUUGCAGUCAAGCGCAUCUUCCGCUACCUACAAGGCACCAAGAUGCAUGGAAUCUGCUACAAGCCAAGUGCGAAGAUCGACUUUCGUGGCUAUUCAGAUGCAGACUGGGCCGGUGACCUUGCUGAUCGCAAAUCGACGUCCGGCUACGUCUUCAUGCUAUUGGGUGCUCCGGUGAGUUGGGGCAGCAAGAAACAGCCAAGUGUGUCACUGUCUACAAGCGAAGCGGAGUACAUCGCGCUAAGCCUGGCGAUCCAAGAAGGCAAGUGGAUCAAUCGCUUGCUGUGCGAGAUCAUGGCGGCUGCAAACGAAGAAGGACCCGAGCUCGUCAUCCGUGAAGACAAUCAAUCUUGCAUCAAGAUGACGAAGAAUCCUGCCAGCCAUGGCCGUGCCAAGCGCAUUGCAUCAAGUACCAUCACAUCCGUGACGAGGUCAAGUGCGGCGAAGUCAAGCUUGAAUACUGCGAGACGACGUUGA